AUGAAUAAAAUGGAACUCUCCAAUCUGCAGGUAGCCCUCAACAACGAGAUUCGCGAGCGGGAGCUGGCUCAACAGCAACUGCGCGAUCUUGAGCAGCAGGUAGACGAACUGAAUAAGCGGUGUUUCUGGCUUGCAUUGGAGAAAGCAGCCAACGCCGUGUCCCGCUUGGCCUUCUUGAAGCCGGGCGAAGGUGAAGAGUGC